CUUGACUACUGAAAGCAAUUGGAAUUAUGACAUGAUCGACAAUGUAUUGCAGUAGGCAAGGUCUUGAUUACUAAUUCAUGAAGAGUUUAACUUGUUGAUUGGGUUUCUGGAAUACAGUUUGGAGAGGAUUAUUUGCAAAAUACGGACAUUACUGUUAGUGAUGUAUUCAAUCGUUUUGUUCAUCAGUCACUUUACUUUUACAUGUGGAGCCUCCUUAGAACAAACAACUUUGGAUUCUAUGUUGAAUUCAUCCUACGACCAACGAGUUCCACCAGGAGUUGAUUACGGCAAACUUGAAGAAUCACAAGCAACUAUCGUCACAGUAUUCUUGGAUUUUUCACAAAUAUUUGAUAUUAAUGAAGGGGAAAUGGAUUUUUCAGUUACAUUAGAUCUUUUUCAAGAAUGGACGGAUCAUCGUUUAACUUUUAAUGACAGCAGUUUGGAACAGAUACAGUUAGAUCAGAAGGACAUUAAAAAAGUUUGGACUCCAGACACGUUCUUUUUACAGGCUAAGAAUGGAAAGCUUCUUGACAUUUCGAAAGCAAACACUUAUCUGCACAUAAUGAAGAAUGGUUCGGUUAUCUAUGCAAUGAGGUUGUCUUUAAAAUUAUCAUGUUCAAUGGACUUUCACCUCUACCCGUUAGACAAACAAGAAUGCAAAGUAGUUAUAGAGAGCUUUGGUCUUACUUUUGAUAGACUUCAAUAUGCAUGGCGAGAGAGAAAGCCGGUCAACAUUCAACACUUUAACCUUCCAUUGUAUCAAAUUCAUGGACCAAAAACUUCUGUAUCAACAAAUUUUCAUGAUCUUACAGCAUCAGAAUAUUCUGAUUUGGAGGUAACCAUAGAAUUCCACCGAGCCAUAGGAUACUAUAUGACAGAAGUAUUUAUUCCUGAUGUACUCAUUGUUCUGUUGUCAUGGGUAACGUUCUGGUUACAUCCGGAUGCAGUUCCAGCACGUGUGUCGUUGGGUGCUGUAACAGUUCUGACGAUAUCGUCACAAGGAUCUGCUGCUAGAAGAUAUGCUCCAAAAGUUUCGUACAUUAAGGCAAUAGAUAUAUGGAGUUUAUGUCAUAUUUUAUUCGUUUUUGGAGCAAUGGUUGAGUUUUCAGUUGUAAAUGUAUUAUCUAGGAAGAAACGUCCCAUCAUUGAGGAAAUAUUUUUUAAAUCAUCGAACAACAAAAAGAUAGAGACACAUGAUCAUCGUCCAUUUAUGAAGGAAGCAAAGCGGAUAGAUUUUAUAUCAAGAUUUGCAUUUCCGGUAGUGUAUAUCAUAUUCCAUUUACUAUUCUGGACUGUCACUAUGUACUUGGAACACUGACCACGUUUUUCGAAAUAAAAGAAAGUAACAGUUUCGAAUCAAGGUAAAGGAGAAUGGAACGUACGAUAGAAAGAUACAGAAAAGAAGCUAAUUCAUUUAGACGAUGUCUCCUCUAGUGUCCCUUGUGUAUUAUUUCACACAUCAUUUACCUCGGUGUUUCAGUAGUAAUCAUGAUCUACAUCGCAAGGAUAUAGUAUUUGAGUGAGAUUCAUAUUGACAGGUUCACACUUGUGUCGGCAGUUUAAUGGUUAUCCCGUAGAUAAAAACGGACUAAUUGCCUGGGAUGAUUAGCAAAUUGAUAUUGAGGUGUUUUUGUCAAUCAUAUCAGUUGUAAUAUGCAAUAUUUCAUGUAUCUUUUUACAUUAACUUAUUUACUUUUUGUAUUAGUUGCUAUCUUUCUAGAAUAGGGAA